CAACGCUAUCACAUGCGGUUCAACGGAAAAAAAAAACCCAGCGCUAACCUAACAUCUUCCUGUAGACAUACAUGUGCGAGACACGUUUUAUCUCUCCUCCCCUUUCUCUCUCUUACAAUUCAUCUCCUCUCCAUCCACUCUGUGCGAAGUGCAGCGGCCGAACCUGCUCUCACAGGGUCACUUUUGAUCAUCUCCGGCCAGGAAGCAUUAUUAAAGUGCAUGACACCCUCUUCACAUCUGAGAAACUCAGCUGUGCCACUUUUCCCAGAGGUCACGCGGGACUGCAGCUUAGACUUGAGGCAGUUCUGGGACUGAGGUUGUAAAGUUACCCUUCUGGAAUUGAGUAGACACCCUUGUCUGGUUGGAGCUGGUGAAGAACAUUUCAUAAUUCCUUGUGUUGAUUUGCAGAUGAUGAUGAUGAACGCAACAUCCAACACAACCAACACAUCAUGUGUUAUCAUGACCCAGUCAGCAGGUAACCUGCUAAUGUCCAUCUACAUCAUUGCCUUCAUCCUGGGUCUGAUGUUCAACCUGGUCACCAUCGGUCCCAUAAUUCAGCAGAUCUGCAGAAGGAACGUUCUGGGGAUCUACCUACUCAGUUUGUCCAUCUCGGAUCUCCUGUACAUUCUCACCAUGCCUCUGUGGAUCUAUUAUUUCAGCAAGAACCACUUUUGGGACCUCGGCCAAGGACUUUGUAGCUUGGCUGGUUUCUUUUACUACUCCAACCUGUACAUAAGCAUAUUCCUCCUCUGCUGGAUCUCCAUCGAUCGCUGCCUAGCCAUCACCUUCCCGCUGCGAGUUCAAGCCUUUCGCCGUCAGCGCUAUGCCUGGAUCAUCUGUGGGCUGGUCUACAUUUUUGUCAUGGCUUUGCACUGUCUAGUACUAUACCUAGAUAAGUUAUCAGAUCCACUGGACAAUCAGAAUAGGUGCUACGAGACCUUCCCCAUGACGGAACGCAUUGCAAUGUUCAACCUGAUACGAGUCGGAAUUGGUUUCCUCUUGCCUCUGGUGGUCAUCUCUGUCUGCUAUUGGUUGAUCCCAAACAAGGUGCAGCAAAGCCGAGGGGUGGAUGAACAAGGCAAGCGCAAAGUGAGGCUUCUGUCUAUGGGGGUCAUUGGCAUUUUCUCCUUCUGCUUUGCCCCGUACCACAUCCUCCUAAUGGUGAGAUCAAUCGCCUUCUUUUCUGUGGGAGAAAAAGAAAGCUGCUAUUUUGAACAAACUAUGUAUAUACCCUUCACCUGCUCUCUCGCGCUAUCCAGCCUGAACAGUGUGGUGGACCCAGUGCUCUAUGUUUUGGCCAGUAACGGAGUAAGGGAAGACAUGCGGCUGAUCUGUUGUAAAAACAAGCAGAGACAGAUGACAGGAAGCCCUCUUGUUGAUUCCAAAUGGAAGACAAGAGUAACCAACUUGUCUUAAAACCAACCUCAGUUCUUGGACAAUAUACUUGCACUGAAACAAGUCACACUGUUUUUGAACCUAUUCAGGAAUUUUGCAAAUCAGUGACCAGCACAAACGCACCCAAAUUGUUUGUGGUGACAACACGGGCACAAUCUUGUGGAUGGGUUCUUAUUGUGACGUUGUGGAGGGUCCAGCAGACUUCAUAAUCUGGCGUACUCCACUAGUGUGAUCCAGACACCUGAUUUGACUUUUUUGUUUGAUUACUGCCACCAUGACUGCAAACCGCUGGCUUUUCUGCAGGUGGUAAUAGACAAAUUGUUUUGUGAGUAAAGCACAUCUUCUGUAUAAUAAGCCUAAUUUACAUUGAAAACAAUGACUGUGACUUGUACUGACAAUACUGAUGCUGCAGCACGUUUUUUGUGCACUUAAACAUGUCCAGUUAAACUGGAUUGUGCUGUGAAUAAGAUGCUGUUUUUAUGCCGAAAUACUGUGCAUUACAAAAUUGUAACUGUUUUGUGAAUUAGCCACUGUAUGACAGUAUUUAGUUAAGCCCAGUUCAUUUGAGUCUGAGUCAGGACAGAAACCAGAAGAGGGUCAAAUCUGAGUCAAGGACAAAUUGACAUGCUGCUGAGAUUAUGACCAAAACCUUGAAAAUAUGCUCUUGGGCAGAGUCUAAGAUCAUAUUUUCAUGGUUUUGGCCUUGUUCCUCGAAUCCGAAUCCAAGACCAUAUUUUUAUCUGAAUCUAAAAACAUAUGUAUUUUCAUGGGUUUAGUCUUGUUCCUGAAGUCCAAGUCCAAGAUCAUAUUUUCAUGGUUUUGGUCUUGGUCCUAGAAUCUAAGUCUAAGAACAUAUUUUCGUGGUUCUGGCCUUGUUCCUUGAAUCUAAGUCCAAGACUAUAUUUUCAUGGUCCUGUUUUGGUCCUCAAGUCUAGGUCCAAGAUGAAAUUUUCAUGUUUUGCUUUUGGUCCUUGAGUUUAAAUCCAAGAUUAUAUUUUCAUGGUUUUGGUCUUGUUCCUAGAGUCCAAGAUCAUUUAUUCAUGGUUUUAAUCUUGGUCCUCGAUUCAGGUCUUGGUCUUUUGUUGGACAGAUUCAAUACUUAUCUGGUCUCUCUCUUGACUCAAACUCCACCCUCUUGGUCUUGAAUCUCAACUUUGGUCUUGAGUACAAUGUUGAUAUGUUCAAACUUUUGUACUCAGACUCCAUUUUAUCCAUUUCUGUCAAAAAAAGCUGUUUUAUCUGAGUUGUGAUGUAUAUAGCUGUGUCUGUACAAACGUAGAGAGGAUGUUUACAAAUUACGGCUUUGCAGGGUAACAGGACCUGUAUCCCUGUCUUUGAAGGACCCUUGAAUCACUUGAACUUUCUGUGUGAGAGCCGUACUCAGCCCAAGUGUUGUUAUUGUGGGAUAAAGCCUUGCUUGUUUGUCCUUGUUUAAUUCACAGACGACUCCCUGUAAUUUACCGUUAAAGCAGAUUUAGCCAUUACAGAUUUAAUCUAUUAAUGUUAAAAACAACUUGUUGCAAUGUAAGCAAUUUCGAUGCACAGCAUGUUGCUACUCUCGACAUUUUUUCUCAUGUAACUUACCAUUAUUACAAAACGAAAAGGUAUAUUAUGAAAUAAAAGAACUGCUCUGA